GCCGCGGGCUCCAGACGGCGGCGCCGCGUCAGAAAUGGCGUGGGCCGGGCGGCCCGCUGGCCGGGCGGAGAGCCAGCGGGAGCAGGACCUGCGCGCGCUCAUCCGCCAGGUCACCGGCCUGCAGGACGAGGCGGACCCCAACUUCCAGCUAGCCCUGAACUUCGCCUGGUCCAACUUCAGAUUUCACCGAUUCUUGGAUGUCGACAGCCACAAGAUAGAAAAGACAAUAGAAGGAAUUUAUGAAAAAUUCAUCAUUCAUUCUGAUCUCAGCAAAGCUGCCAGCUGGAAAAGGUUAACUGAGGAAUUUCUAAAUGCAUCACUGCCCAGCAUAGAGGAAAUAAAGACAGAUGCCCAUUAUUCCAUUCUCUCGCUCCUUCUGUGUCUUUCGGAUUCUCCUUCAAACAGCAAUUACGUGGAAACACCAAGAGCUAAAGAAGUGGAAAAACAAGAUGAUUUUGACUGGGGAAAAUACUUGAUGGAAGGUGAAGAAAUCGACCUUGGUGCAAACAUAGACACCCCGAACUGGUCGGAGGACAGUGAUGAUGAGGGCCCUCGGCAGCCCCUGAGCCGGGAAGAUUCUGGGAUCCAGGUGGACAGGACCCCGCUGGAGGAGCACGACGCACACAGAAGGCUGGGGCUGCGCACCCGCUGGAAAGCAGACGAGCCCAGCAGCCGGAGCUGGCUGGAGCAGCGCGUGGUCCGCCUCUACUGGACAUCCAGGGCUGCGAGGAGCCCACACAGCUUGCAUUUGCACUCCAACCUAGCUGCUGUCUGGGACCAGCACCUGUACAGCAGCGAUCCGUUGUACGUUCCCGAGGACAGGGUGGUUGUCACUGAGACACAGGUUAUUCGGGAAACGCUGUGGUUACUUUCAGGGGUAAAGAAGCUCUUUAUGUUUCAGCUGGUAGAUGGGAAGGUGACUGUGAGGAACAAUAUCGUGGUAACUCAUUUGACACAGAGCUGCCUGCGAUCUGCGCUGGAGCAGAUUGCGGCCUACGGCCAGGUUGUGUUCCGGCUCCAGGAGUUCAUCGAUGAGGUCAUGGGACACAGCUCUGAGAGCCUCUUCCCUGGAAACAGCCCCGCUCCUAAGAAGUCAGCGGAGGCUCCCUUCAGAACCUACCAGGCUUUCAUGUGGGCCCUGUACAAGUAUUUCAUGAGCUUUAAAGAAGAGCUGACAGCAAUCGAGAAGUGCAUCAUCAGUAAUGAUACCACAGUGACGCUGGCCAUAGUGGUGGACAAGCUGGCGCCUCGCUUGGCUCAGCUCAACGUUCUGAACAAAGUGUUCAGUACUGGCGUCGCAGAGGUUCCGCCAGACACUCGGAAUGUUGUGCGGGCGUCUCACCUGCUCAACACCCUUUACAAGGCCAUUCUCGAGUACGACAGCGUCGGCGAGGCCUCUGAGCAGACGGACCGGGAAGAUGUGCAGGGACCCACCCUCAGCUUUUCACAGCACCAGCAUUGUCCCCAAGGCCCUGGGCAGAGGAGGGUGCUGCGCACCGAGCAAUGUCCCCAGCCUCCACUGUCACUGUGGCUGGCUGGCUGCGGGGUCGUGCUGGAGUUUGCAGACGCGGAAAGGAAGAGCCUGUACACGCUCUUCCUGGAGUCUGUCCAGUCCCGGCUUCGAUGUGGGGAAGACUCAGCCCCGCAGGUCCUCGCUGAGCAGCAGGCCACCCAGGGGAGCCUGGGUAAGAUGCAGUCCAUCGCAGCGGAGCACCUGGAGCUGGACGGCGUCCACGACCCCCUGCUGGCCAUCAACUUUGCAAGGUUGUAUUUGGAGCAAAGUGACUUUCAUGAGAAGUUUGCUGGUGGUGACAUAUGUAUGGAUAGGUCCUCAGAAUCUGUGACGUGCCAGACUUUUGAGUUAACACUGAGGUCUUGCCUCUAUCCGCAUAUUGAGAAGCAGUAUCUAGAUUGUUGUGGAAAUCUCAUGCAAACACUAAAAAGAGAUUACAGGCUGGUGGAGUACCUGCAGGCCAUGAGGAAUUUUUUCCUAAUGGAAGGUGGAGAUACCAUGUAUGACUUCUACACAUCAAUUUUUGAUAAAAUAAGAGAAAAGGAACCCUGGCAGAAUGUGUCUUUUCUCAACGUCCAGCUCCAGGAAGCAGUCGGACAGCGCUAUCCUGAAGACAGUUCGCGAUUAUCUAUAUCUUUUGAAAAUGUUGACACGGCUAAGAAGAAGCUACCUGUUCAUGUCCUAGAUGGGCUGACCCUGAGCUACAAGGUCCCGUGGCCUGUGGACAUCGUCAUAAGCUUGGAAUGCCAAAAGAUUUAUAACCAAGUGUUCCUUCUCCUUCUGCAAAUAAAAUGGGCCAAGUACAGUCUGGAUGUUUUGCUGUUUGGUGACCUGGCCGACACGGCGGAGAGAGCGCAGCCUAAGCGCGGCCUCACGUGUGAGCAAGACGCAGCGGCCCUGUUCGGAGUGCAGACAGCGCCCGUGAGGCAGCAGAUCCACCGCAUGUUUCUCCUCAGAGUGAAGCUCAUGCACUUUGUGAACAGUCUGCACAACUACAUCAUGACGAGGAUCCUUCACAGCACUGGGCUAGAGUUUCAGCAUCAGGUGGAGGAAGCCAAGGAUUUGGAUCAGCUGAUUAAAAUCCACUAUAGGUACUUGUCCACCAUCCACGACCGGUGCUUGCUGAGGGAAAAGGUCAGCUUUGUGAAAGAAGCCAUCAUGAAGGUGCUGAACUUGGCCCUCCUGUUUGCGGAAGGGUGGCAGGCUGGCCUGGGCACAUGGCAGAUGGGGUCCAUAGAGCAGAUGGAGUCGGAUUUUAAGAACUGCCACAUGUUUCUUGUGACCAUCUUGAACAAAGCCGUGUGCAGAGGAUCCUUCCCCCACUUGGAAUCUCUGGCACUGUCACUCAUGGCUGGCAUGGAGCAGAAUUAAGUAUCUGCAGUGUGACAUCCUGAGGUUUCAUCCUCACGCAUGAGCACUCCUCGCAUACGUAGCUGAAGCGGAAUAGCAGCCGGGCAUUGGGGACACACCUGCAUCUCAGCACUCAAGAGGCUGAGGCAGGAGGAUCGCCCAAGCUUGAGGCCCG